AGCAGCCUUUAAGUAUAACCUUGUAAAUUGUGGUGCUUUUUGCAGUUUAGGUAACAUGAGUAACUUGCAGUCAAGGGGCCAACAUGAGCCUUACAUGGCAUUGAUGCUGAUAAAGAGCUGCGCAACAGUUGCUGACACUUCUCCCUGUGUUUUUAGCCAAGGGGUGGUUUCUGUCAAUUGUGUAAUAGUGUCAGAGUUGAGGACAGUAACAGCUACAAGUUGUGGUUGAGACCUGGGAAGGGUAUCUUUAUGAAUUUUGAACUGUAUGUUGAUGUAGGGUGGUGGUUAAAUGUCAUUGUCUGGAAUUUUCUUGGGUAACAGUACUGUGACAUGCUUGUAUAUUGUUGAGACUGGCCACAUCCUGCUUAACUAAUGAAUGAUUUUAGUGCUUACUCCUUUUUGACACCACCCUUUCCCUCCAGUUAGCUAAUGAAGUCUGGAGAAGUCAUGUUCAUUUAUACAGGGAACCCUGGGAAUCUUGUGGAGUUAACUGAGCAAUUUCACUAUAUUUUGGAGGAAAGGUUUUGUGAGUUGACUGCUGUUGGGUGCUGGUUGGUGGAAACUACACAGAGGUGGUGUUGCUCACUUGUGGUGUUUAUGGUGUUUUAUCUGUUCUUAAGCAUAAACUAAUAUAUGGCUAAUCUUUUUUUUUUUUCCCUGUUUUAAGCCUGUUUGUGUUGUUUUGAAAGCUCUAAUCACAGUGACUCAAAGAUGCCACAUUGAAUGGAGGAGGAGCUCAUGCUUGCCUUGAGAGCUGAAUGUCCUGCCUCUUAGCAGGUAAAGCCAAACUGGAUGAGAGCGGGCCAUUUCUGUUGAAUUUGUUGUCGCAAGGAUUAGCGCUUGUAGCUGAUGAAGGUACUUACCCCAACAUGUGCAGCUCUAGGUCCUGAGGACAUACUUCAUCUACAGAGGAUUUAGUGGUUGUCCUGGAUCAGAGGGAAGGAUGCUCUGGUUGGCUGUUGUGUCUGUAGCAGUGGGCGCUUUGGCUUGGAAUGUGAGGAGAUUGGGAAACGCAGGGUGAUGUUUCUCAUGGAAUAUUCCUUGUGUUGUCAGCCCUCCAUUAAGGUUGGAGGUUAUGGCUACAUCCUGGACUUGGAUAUCCCUUAAUGGACCUGACUAAAAACAUCCAUCCCCAUCUGCUUUUCUUCUCUCUUAUUAUUGACUGCUGUUUUAGCUGACAUAGAGGAUAAGUCAGUAGGUCAGGUAAUUUUGGUCCUGCUCACGUUAUAACCAGCAGAUAAGAUUGUGCCAUGGUUUAAACGUGAGCAAUGAGGUGAUGGAUGUUGUUAGCCCUGCAGAAUUUGAAUUGUUUAAAGGAAAAUCUUCCCUGUUUGCCUUGACAAAUUCAAUUUUGUUGCAUCUUUUUCUGGUACUUUGAGUAGAGCAAUGGUGGGUAUUAGCCUCAGUGGAGAACAGGUCAGUGCCUUGUAAGUUGUCCUUGUGUGGACUGUAUUUGAUUGUUUUAAGGUAGCUGACUCUUGGCUGUAGAAAGAGCAUAUUUGAUCUUAGCAACAGUCUGCAGUCAGACAGAAAAAAUUCUGACAAAAUGUCUUUAUCCCUGAGACAUUUCAAGUCCCAGAAAAAGUAUCUUUUUCAAAUGGAAUUAUCACAGAGAACAUGCUUUUAUACAUGCAAUCCAGGUUGAUUUGUUUACACUGCUGUGUGGUGUAACAGAAUGUGAAGUGCGUGGCAAGUCAGGCUUAUGGGAGAAACUGACAGUGAAACUGAUUUUGGUGGAAAAUAAUAUUUUGUUUGUGUAACAGGUUCCUGUGUUGAAGAGAAUUGUAGUUUGAUUUGUUGUCUCCCAGGACAUCACAUUGGAGUUGGACAAGGAUUAGCAGCCCUUACUGGUUCAAGAGCAAAUCAGCAAGGGGAUCACAUGGAAAAUAAUGCUCCCAGUGAUAAGAUAAAGACGUCCUCAGAUCAGAAAUAGUUGAGCGGAUGCACCAAUGUAAGAAGACAGGCAUUUCAGUGGCACACGCGGUAAAGUCAGCAGGUCAGGCCUCCAGUUUCCCAUUCUGCCAAUAUUUUGCCUUACUAGCAAGGACACUUUGUAUAUUGCGCUGACAUAAUUGAAAGCGAGGUCAAAAUAAAGUAAGAACUGUAAUGCACAUGCUGAAAAUGAAGUAAUUUCAGAUAAUGUCUUAACGUUUUGCUUUUUUUUUUUUAAGAUUUCAGUUUUACUGUCUUCUACUCUGUUCAUCCCAAAUGGUAGUAGACAUGGUCAAGGUGAUUACAGAACACACAGUAUGAAAUGUAUGAAGAUUUACCACGGUUCAUGUGACCGAUUGUGAAGUUCAUUGUUAAUUAAAAAAAAAAAUAAAAGAGAGUCUGAAAUCACAGCUGAGCCCCAUCUCUGUGGACCAAGCAGAAAAUAAAACCUUGACAAAAGCCCAUGAGAAAUUCUUUAAAUCCCUUCCCCUUUUAUCUUUGCUGCUUUGCCUGGAAACUAAUUCAUGCUUAUUGGAGUUGAAAUUCUGCUGGUCUGUCAGCCAGUCAGCGCCUGAAAGGAGCAGUGAUAUUUCAGAACUCCCUGUGUUUGUUUUUUCUAAAAAAGAUGAAUGGUUUUAUCUGUUUGAAACUUUGCUCUGUGCCACAAACAUGCCUCUUUGUACUGUUAGAUUACCUUUAUUGGGGAUGGAAGGUAAAUGGUUUUUGGUGGUUGUUUAACUACUCCAGGUAUGGACCGAUCUUCAGACAACAGAAGAUAUUCAGUUGUGUGACCAGGCAUUGGAAGCAAUGGAAAGAUUUGAGUUUACCUGCUGGAGCUGGAGCACAUGAAUCAUAUAUAGAAAUGACGGCUGUGGGCAUGGGCAAGAUUUGCACGUGGGCUGGGCAGUGGAGCACUUAAGCCCACAGUGCUGAGAGGAUUACAGCCGCAAGGACCGCAACCAACAUGAGAUCUGCAUUCCUGAUGUUGUUCCUCUGGGUUGUAGCCUACGCCCACCCUGUGCCUAGCCAGGAUCCGACCCGUCUCCGACGUGGCGCCCAGCAGGAGGACAUAGCAAAUGAAGGUGACAUCAAUGAGCUGGGUGGUGGAGAUGGCAGACACCCUCCUGCCCAUGUGGAGAGGGGAGACAAUGCCCUUGCAGGAGAUCUGGCAGGUGGGAACGCUGUAGGCAAGGAGCUCAGCAGCCGAGAUGAGGGAGACAGAGCUCGGGAGGUCCAGCACCUGAAUCAGGUGGACCAUGAGGACACGAAUGCCGGACGGGAGAACAGCCUUGGUUUUCUGGAGGAGGAUGCACGUGAUGCUGCAGAUGGUGAUGAUGGAGAGCACCCCGGCACUGGACGUGAUGGGCUUCCCCCCCAUGCUGGUGGGCUCCUGGAUGAGGAGGAUGACAGUGGGGAUGACACCUUUGAUGCAAACAGGGAGGAGGAGGAGGGUGGCGAAGGUCCUACUUACGUGGCCGGUGUCGAUGGAGCAGGUGAGGACGGCCAUGACUUUGGCCGUGGGGACGCCGGGGCUGGCAGAGGGCAUGGUGACAGCAGCAGCAGUAGCAGCAGCGAGAGCAUCAGCGCAGAUCACCGCCAGUACAGGAACUACCGCGGCAGCUGGUACGAGCGGACCUACAGGCAGGGAGGGGGCAGCAGCAGCAGCCAGGAGGAGGAGAGCUAUGACUUUGAGGAUGAAGCCAUGCAGGGUGACGACCCCUCUGUUUUCGAUGGCCCUGGCAGCAGCUACAAGGGACAUCGUGCUGGUCCCCGUGCCCUGGGGAGCAGCCGGGAGAGCAUCCGGAGGGCUGGCUCUUACCGCUGGGAAGAGGGCAAUAGCAGGUCCCCAGAGGUGGAGGAUACUCAAUCAGAAGAAGACAGCCCAUCUGUGGAGGACAAGAGUCAGUCGGAAGAGCCCACCAGCAGCCAGUCAGAGGAAAACAGCCCCAGCCAGUCUGAGGAGGAGGAAGGGGACAGGGAGGACAGCCACUCCAGAGAGGGUGAGGGCAGCAAGUCCAGGGAUGAAGAGCUGGGAGACUCCCCAGAGGACAUCUCCCAGGAGGUGGUGAGCACAUCAAGUGAGCACAGAGACAGUCAGUCCCAGGAAGGGCAGGAGGACCAGGAGUCUGCUGAGGACAGGAGCGUGCCGUCCGUACCCGACAGCAAGUCUGAGGAAGAACAGGGCGACCAGAGCGAGUCUGGGGAAGAUGAUGGUGACCAGAGCCAGUCUCCAGAGGACACCAGAGAGGAGUCACAGGAGGACAGGAAUGACUCCAACCCCGAUGGGGAUGUGCCAAGCACAUCAGCUGAGAGCCAGAGCGCAUCGCCAGAGGACGACGGCAGCCAAGAGGAUGAUGCGGGUGAGGACAGCAGGUCCACAGAGAGCAACAACAGUGAGUCCCAGGAGGAUGAUCAUGAUGACGAUGAAGAGAGCCACUCCCAAGAGGAUGCCACCCGUGAGUCCAGCAGCCGUGGGGAUGACAGCUCACUGCAGAGCCUGGAGAGCGGGAGCCGCAAGCGGCGGCCGGGCGCUCUCCGCAACAAACCUGCUGCUGACUAUGAUGACAAUGACUGCCAGGAUGGGUACUGAUGUGCACCUCAGAGUGUUGUCAGUGCUGGGGGGCACUGGGAUGGGGGGGGUGUGAGGAGGGCUUUAAUUUAUUUGCUAUAUGGCCUGGUUGACUUCUUUCUGAGAAGAUGCUGUGGACAAAAUGGAGGUGGUUUCACCAGGCCUCCACCUGGGCACCCGGCACGGGGCGUGAAGCAGGAGGUGAUGCUGGACGUGGGGAAAAGGCCAAACCACAGUGAGAAAAGCUGUUUCUGAUACCAAACCAGAGAGCAGCUGAGAGUUGUGAGUGCCAAUGGGGUGAUGAUGCCCACUUGCUGUGAGGGCAUAGUGGUGGCUCACUGCUCCAGGAGCUGUGCCUGGGUGUGCCCAGCAGAAGGGUCCCUGCGCUCACUCUUCAUAUUUACCUACCACUGCGCUAAAAGCAUCUGCCCAGACUCCACCGGGAGCUUUCCCUUGGCUCCAUGUCCUGUACAUAAGGAGGAAAAACUAUAGCUGGUGUGUGCGCGUGUGGUGCAUGGGCUCAGCAGCGUGUGAAGUACCACUUUGGGAUGGAAUGUAUGUAAUAUUUUUGUAAGAAAUGUACAGAAAACAUUAUAUUGUAUUAUUUUUUUUUUGCAUUGAUGGCACUCAUAUUUCAAAGCUGAAAUGUACCCUGGUGAUUUCCUUGCUUACCAUUAAAAACAUCAGACUCCA